AUGUUCAAGCCCUUCUCUCUCUCUGAAGCAUUUUCAAAGAAACACGCAAAGGGGAAGGCAGCUCUCUCUCUAAGCCUAAGGGAGCCAUGCCCGCGUUCACGUGCAAUGCUUGCAACACUGAGUUCGAAGACGACGCUCAGCAGAAGAUCCAUUACAAAUCUGAAUGGCACCGUUACAAUCUCAAAAGAAAGGUUGCUGGAAUACCAGGAGUAACCGAAGCAUUGUUUCAAGCUCGACUAUCGGCCCUUGCGGACGAGAGGACAAGAUUGGAUCAAACGCGUAUGAUAUAUAGUUGUGCUCUUUGUGGAAAAGAGUAUAGAAGCUCCAAAGCUCAUGCUGAGCAUCUCAAAUCACGAAGCCAUGCAAAGGCUUCUCAGACCACAAAUGCUACAGUUUCAGGAAUCACAGUUAUUAGACCACUUCCUGAUCGUGGGUCCAACAAAUCCAGUCCUCUUAAUGGGGAGCAAGACAUGGAUGAAGAGACUGAAGAAAGUGAAGAAGAAUGGGAAGAGAUUGAUCCCAAUGAAGUUGAGGAGGUGACACAGUCUCUUGAGAGUUUCGAUGUGACUGAUUCUGGAGAUGGUGAAAUUGGGGAUUGGGAUCCGUCUCGUUGCUUCAUUUGUGAUCUCAAUCCAGAUAAAACCGUAGAAAGUUGUGUGGAGCACAUGCAUAAGGCCCAUGGUUUUUACAUCCCUGAUGCUGAGUACUUGAAGGAUCCUCAGGGCCUCCUUAAAUAUGUUGGUCUUAAGGUGACUAGAGAUUUCAUGUGUUUGUAUUGUGAUGAGAGGCGGCAGCCCUUCCUUAGUUUGGAAGCAGUGAGGAAGCAUAUGAUAUCAAAAAGUCAUUGUAAGCUGCCUUAUGGAGAGGGAGGUGAUGAAGAGGACACAGAGUUGGAAGAAUUUUAUGAUUAUAGCAGCAGCUUUCCAAAGGGGAGUGAUAAUCAAGUAGUGGCCUUGGAUGAGAGCCAUGGCAACAUUGAGCUUGGAUAUGGAGGUGCUGAGCUUGUUAUUACUAGAAAAACAGAGAAUGGGAAUUCGAGCAAGGCUCUUGGAUCUCGUGAAUUCCUUCGCUACUACCGCCAGAAGCCACGUCCAACUUCAGAAAGGGAUGCUGCUCUUGCUCGAGCAUUAGUUUCAAGGCAGGUAUCAGAACAUGGGUGUGGUGACUGUGCAGUCAAAAGAACGAGUUUUGAGGAUGAAGGUUUUGAAGGAGAUGCACAGGUCAGGAGUUGAAGCCCUCCGUACAAGGGUUGGAAUGAAGAAUAAUGUGAUAAGAAAUCUCCCCAAGAAUGUUCCAUAUUGAGCUCUUUCAUGUGAGUCUACGUCUCUCCUUAAGGUGUUAAUAAGGAAUAACAUGAUCAGGAAUAUCUUACAUAUUGAGCUCCUUCAUGUGUCUCCCCCUCUCUAUAGGUUUUAUGUGACUGCAAUUCAAUCAAAAGGCCUUGCAUGUGACACCCUCACCGUCUCUCUCUCUCUCAAGAGUUCUCAUGGAAGCUACUCUCUCUCCCUCUCUCUGGGUGUAUGUAUUCUUUCAUCUGUUAUGAAUUUCAGUCUUCCUUAUGGUUUUCUUUUUCAUUGUGGAUUUUCCAUUCUGGUAUGUCUUCCGUAUUAACUUCACAAAUUGACUCUUACAACUGUAAGAUGAAGCAUUUCAUUAUUGAUACGUAGUAGUAGCACAAAGGGUUGUUUA